AUGGUUAAGCCUGGCUUUGUGUUGAGCAGCGGCUCAUUGACGUCAUGGAAGAGCUCAUCCUUUAACGGUAGCGCAAGUGAAGUGUCAUCGCUCUCCACCUCACGCAGACCAUUGUGCGCUAUGCAGACGAAGCCCCGUGCGAACCAAGCGGCGCGAUUUCCAUCGAUGCAACUCGGUUCGCCGUCGACUCAAAUUGGGCGUCCGAAGACGUCGAUCAAAAAGUCGGUCGGGGUCACGAACGACGCACCGGCGGCGCCGGAGACCGAUACGGGCAAGGGCGCGGCCAAGGCUAGGCCGCGGCGGAAGACGCAAGCAGACGAAGUGCCGAUGUACAAGGUGAUCCUGCUGGGCGAGGAAGAGUAUGUGGAGGCGCAUGUCGUGACGCAGCUGCAGAAAACGGUCGGGAUAGAUAAGAAGGAGGCCACGCGCAAGUUCCAAGAGGCACAGCAGUCCGGCUCCUCGGUGGUUUGCGUCGUGUGCGAGGAGCACGCAGAAUUUUACGCGCAGCAACUGAAGAGACAGGACAUUUUUGUCACGGUCGAGAAGGAUGAGUGAUCGCGUUUUGGCGCGGCGCGGGCGACCUAACUUUUUUAUACUUAAAUUGCGGAUGGUUUUUUAGAAUGCUGAGUGCGGCGUAGGGCGUCUCGUGGCAAGUGGUUGAGUAAAAUCAAACGGAUUGCGCAUAUCGA